AUGGGGAACACAAUUGGAGGAAGAAACAAAGCAAAGGUGAUGAAGAUCAGUGGGGAAACCUUCAAGGUCAAAACCCCAAUAAGAGCAUGGGAUGUGGUGAAGGACUAUCCAGGCCAUGUGCUUUUGAACUCAGAAGCUGUAAAGCACUUUGGUGUGAAAGCAAAGCCAUUGGAACCGCAACAAGACCUAAGGCCCAAGAAAAUAUACUUCCUAGUACAACUGCCAAAGUUUCCAGAGGAAGAGAAACAAGUGCCAAGAAGAGUGCGUUCAGGCAUUCAAGUGAGUGCCAAGGAUAGGCUUGAGUGCCUGAUGCUGUCUCGAAGGUCAGUUUCGGACCUUACGAGUGUCCGAGCCGCGUCGGCCGGCUCUGAAGGUCCGGUUAGGAUGAAGGUGAGGGUGCCGAGGGCUCAAAUGGUAAAAUUGGUUGAAGAGAGCAAUGAUGACGCAGAAAUUGCUGAGAGGAUUAUAGAGCUUUAUAUGGCUAAUAAUGGUGGGAAGGUGGAUGCGGACAUGGUGGAGGAGGAGGGUGAACAAGGUGUCUUGCAGCAGCGGAAAGUGGCCGGCCAUGGUGGCAUCAGAGUCAAAGAGAACCUCAAGCCGCGGCAUGAGAAGCGAGUGAGUUUUGUUCCUAUGGAAGAAGGAGAAAUUCGUUUAGAUACAGCUCCUCAAUAG